GUUUCGAUAAGUACGACUUUGGCCUUUUUGAGUCAAAACCUCUUCCGCGCGACUUUCUUCCUCGCCACCCGAGAAAAAAAAACUAAGUUUUUUUUUACAAUAUACACUUUACACAAUGUUAUAAAAUGGUUAAACUUAAAAAAAAACCAUAUGGUGAAAGAACACGAUCCGGUCGGCGGAAUCUGAGAUCGCGGGAGGAGCAAGGGAAGAAGGGUGAAGAUGAUGAGCAAGAAAGAAGGUUUCAACGGGAUGAGGAAGCAUACGAAGAAGAUGGAGGAGACUCACGAAUCGGUUUGUUCGUCCAAGAUGCUGCGUCGCAAAGAGAACCAGCAGGACAACAGGCAACAUUACAGCAUGGACUACCGGUCAUAUGAAUCCGCCCUCGUCAAACCAGAGAAAAAGGAGAAGAACACCCUGGACUACAUGUUCCCCGGCUACGAGUGUAGAGACCCUCGUGACUACUAUGAGAAAAGCAUCCAGUCCAAAAUAUCCACGAGCAAGACACCAGGGACGAUGGAACAAUUGUGGUUGGGAGGAUAACUUUAUGGUUUGCGAUGAGAAGAAGGUGAAGGUUGUUGAGGAAGAGAAAUUGAAGGAGGAUGCACUUCAUUGCGAUGAGAUGGUGCGUAGCGCCUCAUUGGCACCGCACGGCUGGGUUGGACCGCCACUCACCGUCAAGCUGAAGCUGAUUGACAUACUAUAUAUGGAGGUGACGAACGUAGGUAAGAACCCUAGGGUUCUUCGCCUCCACCAGAAAGCCCUUGUAGACAACACACUCAAGGUCAAAGUCGUCCCAGGGCCGUACUACGUACCUCAGGUUGAGGUGUCGCUCGGCCACAAGCGUCUCUUCCCUGAUGGCAACCACGAGAGCCUCAUAAGGGAGAAUAUCGUCCCGCGCUACCCUUCGCUCAUAUUCGCCAACUACCGCUUCACCAAGCUCCAGAAGACGCGUCCUUUCAUUGCUACGAUGGAAGGCAUGAACCAACGCUUCUUUAGGUUUGACGAGUUCUCCAAGGACGACACGGACAUGCUGCCGACUUGUAAGAAGCAAAUCGACCUGCCGGACAGCUGGACGGACAUCAUCAAACUCGAAGAGCCAGUGUUCAGACGUGAAUACAGGCUCCAUCGAUAUGAUGAGAAGGAUGAAAAAGAAUCCCAUUCGAAAGGUGCGCAAUCACUUAAAGUGGUACUCCCAGAACGGACGGACGAAUACAGCCCUUGCGAACGCACCAUCAUAAUGGAUAAAAAUUUCGUUGACAAAAAGCUAUUAUAUUACAACCCUUUCAACGAAGUUGAACCAAUACCAAAGAUCAGACAUGCUCCAAGCAGAAAGAACCUCAGGUCGCAGAAGUCUGAAAUCUGGGAAGCGGAUUCCAACACUGAACUCAUCCCUACACCUUCUCCUCCGCCCGUCACACCUCCGUUCAGUCCACAAUGGCAACUAUCAACAGAAAAACCUGUUAAAUUUUCAGUAGAGGAAAUGGAUCUAGUUUCAAAGGAGAAGCCGGUUAAAGGUUCAUGCAGUUGUGACUAUUUAUCGCCUGUGCCUUCGCCAGAGAAAGCGUUCGCCAUUCCAUUGAAACAGCCAGAAAUAAUUAUAUAUCGUUCGCCGCUGCCGUCGCCAAAGCAUAGUUACAUUGUACCAGCUGGUAAAUUACAGAUUAAAACAAGCAUAUUACCGACUCAACCGAGCAAGAUGCCCAGCGACAACAGGAUCGUUCAGGAUGCUGCAGUUGGCAGCAGGGACGCCCUCAAAGACCUUUCCGGAUCGUUCUUGGACAUAACCGAACUGCCCAAGGACAACCCGCUGCUGCCCAAGUUGGUCCUGAAGAAGAUCAGCGACGAGAUUGAAGAAGGACACGACGAGAAGCAGAUUGGAGCGAAGGAGAAACUACUCAUGCACCCGUUGGUAUCACAAAGCUCGGGGUUGAGCGCCGAUUCGGAAAUGAAAUGCAGCAUGAAAUCGAAGGGCGACGAGACAAGGGAAAAGCGUCCCAAGUCGCACAUGCUCACAACGCAGCUGUCUACGACACAAGCGUCCAAGGUUGAGGACAUGCUGAGGCAGAUCGAAAAUGAGAUGACACCCGUACAGAGGCAAAUGGACAGCAUACACUCGAGCUUAAGAGAGGCAGGCAUCAAUCUGAAAAAGACCUCAAAGGAAAGCAACCUAUAAAAUCACAAUAAAAAUAUUAAAAAAUCGUAUUUUAUUUACAAAGAAAAACAAAAGGAGAAAAAG